AUGCCUGUAACCAACACUGAAUACGCGCUGCUCACCCUGCUGGUAGCGACGGCGUGCCUCGGACUCGCCCGCGCAGCCGUGAGGACGCGCCGGCGGCGCAAGGACUACUUCGCGCUGACCGGCGUGCGCCGCCCGGUACCUCUGCCCGACUUCGAUGUGGACACGGCCGGGGCACGUCCCUACCGGCCGUUCCGCUGGGAGUACCACCAGACGAUGAGCCUCAAGAGCAUGGACCCCGACAGGUGGGUCGAGCUCGAGUCGACGUACAGGACGCGCAUCGCGCAGCGGAUCCAGCUGUACAGGCAGCACGGGAAGAAGAUCAUCGACGCGCUGCCCGGCUCGGAGCAUGCGUGCCGCGAGCUCAUGGAGAUGGUCAUCCAGUUCGUCUGCGCGCGAUAUCCGAAUCAAUUCCACUUGGACUCGCGCGGCGUAUUCCAUAACCGGAUCUUGCACACUGCGUCGGACACGAAUCUGGUGCCUCCCCUUGUGGUGUUGCUGAAUCACAUCCCGGAGGACUUUUUGAUCACCCUGGAGGACAAGUCCACUGGGCUGUAUGUCUUUCGUGCCGGCGUGUCAUGCUCCUCCGUCGGAUGGAACGUCUCGACCAAGAUUGGGAUGCCGCUGCCCCAGAUCCACGAACCUGUCCCCGACUACAAGGAGAAGAUGGACUUUUCGAUGAACAGAUUCUUCUCAAAUAUGCGCGUGGAUAAGCCUAUCCAGCGAGGCUCUUGGGGAAUCGAGAUCGGCCAGCCGCUCUUUCUACAGGAAACUGAUCCAUUGUUCCGCGUAAAGCAACCAGAUCUCAAGCUCGAUGACAUCCAUCUACGUGUCGACUGGCAGACUCUCCGUCGCCUACCCGAGUCACGUGCCAUCGUCUUCAACUUCAAAGCCCUGUUUACGCCAAUUCAGCAGUUCAGGGAGGAGCCGUACAUUCCAAAGUUGCUGCUUAAGAUCCUGAAGGAGGGGAAACCAUCGUUCAUGGAGUACAAGGCAUUCGAGCACGUGGAGGAUCUGGUGUUGCCGGCUCUCCAGGAAUGGGCAACGGAGCAGGAGCAAAAGGGAUGGGUCCCCGUUGAUUGGCAGGAACGUACACUAGCAGAGGAUCCAUUCUUUCCCGGAUGGGACUCUGCCCGGACCUAG